AUGGCGAGGGAACGAAGUCAUAGUAGAGAACGAGAUCGAGAAAAACGGCGCCGUUCGCGUUCAAGAUCGCUUGGUCGGACUCGUGGUACAGAUCGUGAAAAAGAGAGGACAAGACGUCGUAGCCAGGAACGGUACCGCUCUCGCAGUCCGUUAGAUCGUAGGCGGAGUAGAAGCAGGAGUCGCGAUCGGAGGGAUAAGGCUAGACGUAAGGACUCGGAUGAGCAAAGCAAACGGUUUCAUUUUAAAUUAACUGAUCGCGAUGACAAGAGAGACGAGAAGAAGGGCAAACGUUCACAACAAGCGGAAACGAUCGAUCUCGAUUCUCUGAAGAAUGUAGAUAAAGAAUUUACAAGGCUUAUGGGUUUUACCAGCUUUAAUACAACUAAGAAUAAGAAGGUUCCUGGAAAUCACGAUGGAGCCGUUAAAAUCAAUAAGCCACGUAGGUAUCGACAGUAUAUGAACAGGAAAGGUGGUUUCAACAGACCGCUGGAUUACGUUGCGUAA